AACUAGCAAAGACACCCACGUGGCAUGCAGCAAUGGAAGUGGAUGAAGAGUCAAGACACUUGCAUUUCGUGGCCCCUGGCGAUGUAAUCACCACAGAUACAGACUUCAUGAGGGGCCAUGGUACAUAUGCUGAGGACGGGAAACUGUUGGCAUCUGUUGCUGGUGUAGUGGAGAGAGUCAACCUGCUCAUUUAUGUGAAACCACUCAAAUCAAGGUACAAUGGUGAAGUUGGGGAUGUGGUUGUUGGAAGAAUCACUGAGGUGCAGCAGAAACGUUGGAAGGUGUCCACGUACUCUCGGCUGGACUCAGUGCUCCUGCUCUCCUCUGUCAACUUGCCUGGGGGUGUGUUGAGGCGGCGUGGAGUACAGGAUGAGCUCAUGAUGAGAGAGUACUUCAAAGAAGGUGACCUCAUCAGUGCUGAGGUACAGCAGGUGUACCAUGAUGGGUCUCUGUCCCUGCACACACGCAGCCUCAAGUACGGCAAGCUGUGUCAAGGUACCCUGGUAACAGUACCCCCCUCCCUCGUUAAACAAUGUAAGAACCACUUCCACAACCUGCUCUGUGGAGCGAGCAUCAUCUUAGGUAACAAUGGUUACAUCUGGAUCACCACUAAAGUAUCAGACGAUCAUCAGCAACCACAGAUGAGGUUUCAUACUCCCACCGUCUCUGACGCUAAGCCCGCUAAAGAGGAGGCUAUAAAGAUGGAAGAGAGGGAGAUUAUCGCUAGGCUAAGAAACUGUAUUCUCGCUCUAGCCCAACAAAGAAUUUUGUUGUUCGACACUACUGUCCAGUACACAUAUGAAUCAUCACUCAAAUACCAGGUAAAGGAACUACUGGACCCUGAAGUGGCUAGGGAUAUAACAGAACAAGCUAGAAACAUAGCUAUGGACUGACUAAGUAUUAUAAUUAUGCUCAUUCAUUAAUUUUGUAUUAACUGCUAAUUCAAACAUUAAUUUUUUUUUUCGAUAAAAAUUGUUUCAAUGGAAAACAAACGAGGGAUAAUCAUACAAUCAUAGUAAUUUUAUAGUAAUAAUUAUGUAAGUGCCAAAAAAUUAAAGUGAGAUACAGCUAGAACACAAAAAAUAUAUAUAUAUUGAGUAAUUAUAUAAACAUGCCACAUACAACAAUACUUGGUACGCUCUAUGCACACAGACUCUACACAGUUAGUUCAAUGGCCAAUGCCUUUGAUAAAUCGGAAGAAGUGAACUUGAAAUCGAAGACGAUUCACAGACUCAGGUGCUUGCUUGUACCCGUCCUUGGUGUACGCAUCAGACACCCUUUUGUUGACCUUUACCAUCAUGGCCCCGAGGUCGUGCGUAUACGAAUGCUUGAUAAACACUUGGCAUACUUCAGAUAUGAACCACGAACCAUAGCGACGACUACGAUAUGCAGAGCUUCCUGUGGGUGUGGCAAAUCCAAAAUAGAAGUCGGCCUCUUGUGGGAUCGUGUUAUGAUAAGGACCACCCCCUGUGUCACGUUCAGGGAGGUCAAAUCCUUUGGUCUCUUGGUCUCCCCGACAGGCUUGUACGAAAAACAGCUUUGGCUUUCCGAAGAGAGAGGGACACAUCUUCAUGACUCCAGCUAGAUCGUUCAAGUUAACAGCUUCACAAUCUGAUCCGUGUACGACACCUUGCUCCCCGUGGGUCAGAAUGCAACAUAUGAAACUGUCGUACUGGGCGUGGCUUCGGUUGGCCAUACGGAGCAAUUCUUCUUUCAUUUGAGUGGAG